CAUUUGGUUCACGUUGCUGCUGGUUGAGGCGGUGUGACUUGGUAAACAAACCCAGACAGAAGCAUAUCUAUUGCAAAACGGAUUGACAAAUCCAGCUGUUUCUUUUUACAAAACUGAAGAAAAAGAAGGUAUAGUAGGUACUAGUAAAGCAAAGUGACUUCGGAGCUGUGUUCCUAUGUAACUGAAUACACACACAGAGGCGAUCUGUCGCAACGGGACAAUUAUAAAAACUAAAACACUGUUGGGUGUAAACAAAAUAUUUUAAAUUGCAUAAGACAAGAGAGAGAGAGAGAGAUAAAAAAAAUAUAUAUAUAUAUAUCGUUGUAAAUUACAAGAAGAUUUUACGUGAGUGAACUCGAGAAAACAGUACAGUCUGUUCACCGUCUGCACAGACAGGCUGCACAGCAAACUGGUUGAAUUGCAGAAAAAAAGAAUAGUGCAAAAUCCAAUCAGUAUUUCAUUGUGGAGACUUGCGUCUGACACAUACGAAGUUCAUUACUGAUGACAGAUUGACUACAUUCUGUGACUUGGGAUUUAACACAUUUGUGUUAGCAUAUGUAUUGUGGACUGUAUGUAAAUAUAUGUAGUAGUGGCAAGCACGUCGCUGAAGAAAAAUUAAAAAACAAAAAAACAUUUGAAGAUUCAUUUUGCGGACUGCACUGCUCUAGACAUGGAAGGCAUUGGUAACACCAUGCAGAAGAAGGCUGCUGAGCUGGAGCGCAUGGCUGAGGUUCUGAUCACUGGGGAGCAGUUAAGGCUCCGACUUCAUGAAGAAAAAGUGAUCAAGGAUCGUCGACACCAUCUCAGGACCUACCCCAACUGCUUCGUAGCUAAGGAACUGAUCGACUGGCUGAUCGAUCACAAGGAAGCUUCAGAUAGAGAAAUUGCAAUCAAGCUUAUGCAAAAGCUAUUGGACCAGAGCAUCAUUCAUCAUGUUUGCGAUGAGCAUAAGGAAUUCAAAGAUGUCAAACUUUUCUACCGCUUCAGGAAAGACGACGGGACCUUCCCAUUGGAUAACGAGGCAAAGGUUUUCAUGAGAGGUCAAAGGUUAUUUGAAAAGUUGAUGAGCACAGAAAACACCCUGGUACAGACGAGAGAGGAGGAGUCCGUCCUGUUCGAGCGGACACUGGUGGGCUGUGAGUUUGUGGAUUGGCUGAUACAGGAGGGAGAGGCUUCUACCCGAGAGGAUGCAGAGCAACUCUGCCGGCGGCUGCUGGAGCAUGGCAUUAUCCAGCAUGUCUCCAAUAAGCACCACUUUGUGGACAGCAAUCUCCUGUACCAGUUCAGGAUGAAUUUCCGCCGAAGGAGGCGGCUGCUGGAGCUGCUCAGUGAGAGAUGCCGACCCAUCCCUGAGAGCCACGACAGCCCUUUCUGCCUGCGCAAACAGAACACGGAAAGUGGAAACACCAGCUUUCUCUCAGUGAGCCCCACUAAGGAAAUCAAGAUCAUCUCUGCUGUGAGGAGAAGUAGCAUGAGCAGCAGCUGUGGCAGCAGUGGGUACUACAGCAGCAGCCCCAUCCUCAGCAGCAGCCCUCCAGUGCUCUGCAAUCCCAAGUCUGUUUUGAAGAGACAUGUGAAUUCAGAACAGCUGCAGAGCCCGGGAGGCCCAUACAUGAGGAGGACUUUCACAAUUGUUGGUGAUGCAGUGGGCUGGGGGUUUGUUGUACGAGGCAGUAAACCAUGUCACAUCCAGGCAGUCGACCCCAGCGGUCCUGCGGCUGCUGCUGGAAUGAAGGUCUGUCAGUUUGUUGUUUCUGUGAACGGACUAAAUGUUCUUCACUUGGACUAUCGAACAGUCAGCAACCUAAUUCUGACAGGCCCACGCACCAUUGUCAUGGAAGUCAUGGAGGAAAUUGAUUGCUGAAACAGGAAGCAAUGGAGUUGCACCCUACCUACCAGGACAUAUCUGAAGAACCAAAGAAACGCAGGCAACUAAAAUAACCAUCUCCUCUCAGAAAAUCUCAAGCAACUCACACUUCCAAGUUGUUUUUUUCUUUGAACAACAUUCAACAUGAUGAUUUUAUGUAUACUGUAUAUGAAGUCUACCAUACAGUUUGCCUUCUAUAUACCACAGAUAAGGGUGUGAUGCACUGAAGGGCAGGUCAUGAAUAGAACGUUCCGAAUGAAGGUUCAUCCAUUUAUCAGAAUCUUUGAACAUUUCUGUUUCUUGUCAGGUUAGAAAAACUUAAACAAGCUGCCAUUUUGACCGCUUUAUAGAGCUAUGUGCAAACACUGUUACACACAGCUGCCUUCUGAUAAAGUAAUGUAAAUAACUGCUGUUACUUCAGAAGGAAGGAGUUGAAGGUUUUUUUUUUUCUUUUUUGCCCCAUUAUGGAAGAGAUUAAUGUGUUGGUAAUUGAUGUGUAUCAGCCUUAUACAGUAGCAUUGAUAGAGCCUUUUAAAUGACGGUGCAAUCUAUAUAAAAAAACAAAAACAAAAAAAAAAAACAUUUGAAGCACUUGCUAUCCCCUGAAAUUGAUUUUAAGUAAUAGUCAAUAUUGAUUUCCUUGGUCCUAACUGUGUAAUCAGUAUUUUCUUUCACAAUCACAAAAAAGCACUUAUGUUUGUUAACUUAAUCUCAAAAGCAUAAACCCUACCAAACGAUAUAUGAACCUCUAAAAAUAUAACAAACUGAAGAAACAAUGGAUGUAAUAUAAGAGGAGAGAAUUUUUUUUUGUUACCCCCUGUAACACAGCACUUACUAAAAUUGUAAACAAAACUGCAAUUUAUAUGACAGAGAAGUGAAAAUACUGAACAUCUUAAGUUGGUGGUGCUUAAGAAGUACAUUACUGCUAAUUGGUUUAAUGGGCAGAUGGGUAUUUCAUAUUCUGUGAACUGAUUCCCUCCUUUAUUCACUCAAUGUUCUCUUUGCUGAAGUGAGACAAAGAAGAACAUAGUGUUCUUUUACUAUUUAUACUUUAAUUUCACAUGAGGCAUUUCAGUGUUAUUUUUUCUCAGAACAUUUGUACAACUAGGCUGAUGAAAAUUCAGUCCUGUGAGUGCUGUGUUGUAGUUCAUAAGGUCAUUGGUUCAAACUCUUAUUGUGACCAGAUCUGAUCCAGAUUCUAAAUAAAUUUGAAGUUCAUGAGCCAUUCUACGAGUAAUAAAAUCGCUGAAUACAGUACCAAGUUUACUGUAGAAGUGUGAAAUACCUUAAGGGACUCUUUUGAAUUUCUACAGCAUCCUAUUUUUUUUUUUUUUUUAGAAAAGGGAAGUAUAAAGUCUGACACGUAGUUUUGUGAUGCUUGAUUAUUUUUACUUACACUGCUGGUUUCACAGACCUGGUUAGAACCACUAAGAUAAUAUUAGGUACAAGAUUAGAUCUAAUCCGGUUCUUGUAUAAUGAGCUGAGAGUGACAGCUUUGUUUUAAGCACAUAUUUGUAUCAGUUUUUUUUUUAAAAAGCACUUGUAAAAUGGAUUAUAGCGUAUUAUUUUAAUAUCCAAAGUUAUCAUUAUCUAAUCUUCAUAUGAAGUUUGUGUAGGUCAAAGCAAAUUAAGUAGAUUGAAGAGCAGCAUGCACAUUUUGUUCUGUUAUGGAGACAAGCUAAACAUUCUACAAUAAGCCACAGUUAAUUUAUUGUAAUUCAAACCUUUGUAGUUUAGUGGAUGUUCAGAAGUUGGUCUCAUAAAGACGGUAUUUAAACACAUUUAUCAUGCAAACAGCUUGACUGUUUUGAGAACUUGAUCUGAUUUUGUUGCCUUUUUAUUUUGUAAUGUGGCAGGGUACAUCAAACUAAAGAUACUCCUCUCUGACAUUGUAUCUAGGAUACGUUUAUACUCAAGUUUAGUAAAAAGGUAAAGCCUGAGAGCCUGAGAAUUUAAGACUGUAAGAUGAGUAUCAGUUUUUGGAGGCUUUUCCACUUCAUAGCUAUCCGCAAAAGGGACUUGACACAAUUGCAAAAAACACUAACAGAACGCAAUAUACCCUUCAGCCCAAUAAAGGGAGCAUUGACCUACGCCACAUUGAAAUAUUGGUACCACCUCUUCUAUUUCAUAUUGAUGUUUCACUAUUUUCAGUUGUGUAAUAUAGAUGCAACAUUAUUUUCUUCCUUGUAAAAUAAAGCAUCUGUGAGGUCUUUCUAUGUGUAUGUUAUGUGUAUUUAAAUAAAAUAUGUCUCUGUUGAGAUAGGAGAGGAUUGUGUUAUAUAAAAAAAGGUCUAAACUGCUUAGAAUAAGGUUGCUGGAAUUUGCAAGUUCACUGUUAAAAUAACAAAACUAGCUUUUUCUCACUAACAUAUAUAUAUAGUUUGUGCUGAUCAAUAAUUUAAUCAACAAGGUAUUUUUGUUUAAGGAUAAUAUUAAAAUGGUUUAAUUGGUAUUAUUGAGGUAUAAUUAUAUGAGCUACCAUUCUGUAAUGAAUUUCAUAUGAUUGAUAUGAAAUGUACGUCUGUGAACCAAGAGCUAAAAAUAGACAAUCACUUUUAUUUACUGUUUUGUCAGACAACUAAAAAAACAGAUGGAUCCUUUUAACUAUAUAUAUAUAUAUAUAUAUAUAUAUAUAUAUAUAUAUAUAUAUAUAUAUAUAUAUAUAUAUAUA